CGUCGACCGCGCUCUUGCAGCAGCUCGUCGCAUCUGAGCAGCUCUCUCUGCUUCUUUCCUUGCUCUGCUACUUGUGCUACUACGACUAGUCGCCGGUGUAGCGGUGAGGGAGCUUGUUCCUCUGGGAGCCCUCGGGUCUGACAGUUUCCAACUAUACACACACUCAUACACUCGUGCGAGCUUUUGCAGACCCGCCACAGUCAGUCUCCACCUGUAUGUGUACUGGUUUCUUGCCACCCCUUUUGUUUUUUCCUCUUUCGCAAUCUCUGCUCUGCUCUGCUGCUGCUGCUCCACCACCCUGCGCUAUCCUGCCCUGCUUUGCUAUCUCGCCCAGCUCUCACCCCCGACCCCGGCUUCUCCAUCUCCAUUCUCCUCCUCAUGGGCGAGCCCUCGGCUCCUUCUCGCCCACUGGUCGGUUCUGGCUCCCGCAAAAUGAUCGUCUGCGAGUAGAAGAAACGAGGGCAGCGGUUUGGCGUCUGUUUGUUUCGCCUCCGUUCUUUGCCUUCGUGCCCGUGCAUUCGAGCGGGCGAGGGCAUCGGUUGCGCGCAGCAGCAGCAGCAGGUGGAGCGAGGACAGAAGGAAGCGAUCGAGUCCGCCCGCAGGCAGCUGCGAGCAAUGUCGAUGGCAUUAAGUGAUGACUUAUGAUCUCCGACGUGGAGCCAUGGCGGAAAGUUCAGGAGAACAGCAAUGCGGUGGUGAUGGCGACGCGCUACGACGCUGCGUGUCGUGAGGGUUUUGCGGGACCGAGUCGGGGCUUUGCGGAGGAGGAGCGCGAGGAGGAAGGCCGAGGACGAGGCGCGGACGAGGACGAGGAGGCGCGAAGCAGCAGCAGCUGAGGAGAGGAGGUUCAGACGGACGGGGACAGGGGAUCAGUAGACUCUCUCCUCUCUCUCCCCCCGGCGGGGAGAGGGGAUGAUGGCAGCAAAGGGCUUGCAUUGGAAGCGGCUGGCAGCAGCUCUGAUCACGGGCCUGGUGGUGCUCAUUUUCGCGGCGGGAGCAGGGGCGCAAUCGGGCGUGACGCAGGCCGAGGUCGACGCGCUGCUGGCAAUCAAGCGGGGGUUCCAGAGUCCCAGCAUCCUAGCGUCAUGGAACGAGUCGGGCGCCGGGGUCUGCACCUCGUGGCUCGGGGUGGACUGUCUGAACGGCCAGGUGACGGGGCUCUCUCUGCCGGGCAAGGCGCUGCGGGGCGUGCUGGCGGAGGACAUCGGAAAUCUCACGAGCCUGCGGAAGCUCUCGCUGCACCACAACUUCAUCGCGGGCUCGCUGCCGCAAUCGCUCGGCACGCUCCCGGCCCUGAAGGGAAUUGCAUUGUUCCUGAACCAGUUCAGCGGUAGCAUUCCGGCCAAUCUCGGCAACUCGUCCGCCCUCGCGCAGCUCGACGUGAGCUACAAUCUUCUGACGGGCCCCGUGCCCGCGGGGCUCACGCAGUCGCGCCGCCUCACGCUCGUCGACUUCAGCGUCAAUCGCCUGUGGGGCGUGUUCCCGGGCGACUGGGCGCAGAGCUCGUCGCUCGUGGUCAUCGGCCUCGCGGCCAACAGCCUGAGCGGGCCGCUCCCCGACCAGUGGGGCGCCAUCAACGCGAGCUCGCUGCAGCGCCUGGACGCCAAGGACAACUUCUUCAGCGGCAGCAUUCCGCGCUCGCUGGGGGCGCGCGCGGCGCUGACGGAGCUGCGCCUGAGCAACAACCAGCUGGACGGCGCCAUCCCGGAGGAGCUGGGGCAGCUGGCGCAGCUCACGGUGCUGGACCUGGCGGGCAAUCAGCUCACGGGCGAGGUGCCGGCGGCGCUGGGCAAUCUGAGCGUGCUCGGGGAGGCCGACUUCUCGGGCAACGCGCUGAGCGGCGCCAUCCCGGCGUCGCUGGGGGCGACGAAUUUGUCGACGCUGCUCCUGGCCGACAACCGCCUCGAGGGGCAGCUGCCGGAGCAGAUCGGCAACCUGACGCUGCUGGCGGCGCUGGACGUGAGCCGCAAUAACCUCACGGGCCGUCUGCCGACCAGCGUGGGGAACCUGGUGCGGCUGCAGUCGCUGCUGCUGAACAACAAUGCGCUGGACGGGAGGGUGCCCGAGGAGCUGGGCAACCUGACGAGCCUGACGGCGCUGGACAUGUCCUUCAACAACUUCAGCGGGCGCCUGCCGCUGACGCUCCUGGGGCUGGUGAAUUUGACGAGCUUCAAUGUCUCGUACAACAAUCUGAGCGGCGCCAUCCCGCCCUUCGCGCAGGCUUUCAACAACAGCGCCUUCCUGGGGAACCCGGGCUUCUGCGGAGUGUCGCCGUUCCCGCUGUGUCCCGACGACACGCUGCCGGCGCCAGCGCUGGCCCCGGCGAGCGGCCCUGCGCAGUUCGUCCGCGUCUCGAGCAAACGGCGGCGCCUGAGCACGGUGGCCAUCGUGUGCAUCGCGCUGGGGGCUGCGCUCGCGCUGCUGGCCAUUCUGUGCCUGUGCCUGCUGGUGGCGUACAAGCGCAAGAAUGGCAAGAAGGGCGCGGCGGCGGCGGGGGGCGGGGGGCUGCGAUCCGACAAGAAUCUGGACGCGUCGCUGGACAGCGAGGAGAUGGGCGGCAAGCUCGUGCACUUCGACGGGCCGCUGGCCUUCAGCGCCGAUCACCUGCUGUGCGCCACGGCCGAGGUGCUGGGCAAGAGCGCCUACGGCACCGUGUACAAGGCCACUCUGGAGGACGGCAACAUCAUCGCCGUCAAGCGCCUGCGCGAGGGCAUCGUCAAGGGCCAGAAGGAAUUCGAGAGCGAGGUCGGCACCCUCGGCAAGAUCCGCCACCCGAACCUGCUGGCGCUGCGCGCCUACUACUGGGGCCCCAAGGACGAGAAGCUGCUCGUCUUCGACUAUAUGGCCUGCGGCAGCUUGGCCGCCUUCCUGCAUGCUCGAGGACCGGAGACGCCGUUGACAUGGGAGACGAGAAUGAAGAUCUCGAUGGGCGCGGCCCGAGGGCUCGGAUUCCUGCACGAGAGCGAGAACAUCAUCCACGGCAACCUGACGGCCAGCAACAUUCUUCUGGACGGGCGAAUGAACGCCAGAAUCAGCGACUACGGACUGGCGCGGCUGAUGACCCCGCAGGCGAUGUCGGGUCUGAUGGCCACAGCAGGAACUCUGGGCUACCGAGCGCCCGAGCUGGUGAAAACGAAGAAAGCCACCUCGAAAUCUGACGUGUACAGUUUCGGCAUCGUGCUGCUCGAGCUGCUGACGGGCAAAGCGCCGGUCGAGCAAUCGUCGUCCGACAGCGGCAUGGACCUGGCCGAGUGGGUCUCGUCGGUGGUCAAGGAGGAAUGGACUUCGGAGGUCUUCGACGUGGAGAUCAUCAAGGGAGCUGCCCCGCACCAAGAGGAAGAAAUGAUGAACACUCUGCAGCUCGCCUUGGUCUGUGUACAUACUGCCCCGAGCUCGAGACCGGAGAUGGAAGAUGUGGUGCGGCAGCUCGAGGAAAUCAGACCCGAUCUCCGCUCGUCUCCGGAAUCGGAACUAGCAUCCGGCCCUGACACGAAAAAAUGACCUUCGGCAUCGGGAUCGGGAUCGGGAAUCGGAACGAAGGAAGGAACGAGGAAGACGAAAUGCAGAGCAGCAGCGAAGAGAUUCUUGCAGAACAUUGUUUUGUAGUUGUACCAAUUACAGGCUUUAUUUCUUUGUGGUGGAUGGCCGAUCUUCCGUCGAUGUGAAUAAGCCUUUCUUAUUGUAGCCAUUCUUUCUUGUAGCAAGCAGCAUCACCCGAUUGUUUAGAUAGAUUUUAAUUUAUCACAGAGUAGGAUCACGAUUCUUGGACGAUCAAGUCAAAACAGUCACCAUUUGUAGCCCGGUCUCCAGCAUCAACGAUGAUAGGUAGUGACUGCUUCUUCUUCAUGUAAUCCAGACCUGCAACCAACGGCUCGCAGCGAUGUGUGAUUGUGUGUCAGUGAAUCUUAUCUGUUCAUUGGAUCGCGUGUUCAGUCGAUCUUUUCUC